GAGCAUCCGUUUGCUCCAACCCCCUGGAUACUACCGGGGCCGUUGUGUAUUACACCUGGAUUGAACAUGAAUCAGGUCGCUGAUCGUUCUCGUAUUUUAAUUCCAUGCCGCCGUUUGAUUUAUUUCGGAUCGCUCUUCAACCUUAGACUGACGUCUAUUAGGAGCAAGGACGGACGAGUAAUUGUUCGCCCCAUACUCAACGAAGAAGGUGAACGGUUCUUAGAUUUCCCGAGGGUCCGAAACCGACAAGCCACCCGAGCUCUCUAGGUAGUCGCGAACUAUCGGCCUGGAUUUUAUAUAUCCCUCGGGUCCCUCUGCUGUUCGCCAUGGCGUGUGUUAUUCCUUCAUCAUCAUGGCCAUUAGGCGCGUCGAUUUGCAGCGUAGACUACACGCAGACCUUUUACGUGCCUCCUUGCGAGUCACUCUAUAAGAAUCAUGCUAGGAAUCCGUUCAGAUAUGCUUUUCCUGCAUGGCCAAGCCCUUACCAGCUCGGAUUUGGCCCCCUGACCCAACCUGCACGACGAGCAUUCGUCAGGAUUCGAACCCGUGAUCGGAGCCUCGCAAUCAGGUGUGACGCUGGGAAGUCUUCCACGCCAGCCGAAGCUCCAGAGGAAGAAUUCGCGGAUUUUGGAUUUGAACCAAAUUUCGGGAGCAAGCCAGCGCUGACGGUGGGGAAGGAGGCUGAGAAUCGACGAAUGGGGGACGAGGAGGAGAGGAGAGCAGGGAAAGGGAAGGGAGUUAGUGAGGGUAGCGGAAGGGGGAGUAAAAAGGGGGAAGGGUGCGAGGAGGAGGAGGAGGCAGUGGCAGUGAUUGCUGGAGUGCUGAUGGAGAAAUUCGGGCCUCAGAUUGUGAGAGAGGAGUUGGAGGAGGGAGGUGGAAACGGAAGAAAUGAGAGCCACGAGGAUGUGAAGAGAGCGAAAGCGAAAGGCGAGGAAGAGGGAGUGGACAAAGAAGCAGAGGAAGCAGACGCAGAAGCGAGUGCGGAGGACUCACCAGCCGCCACAUCUCGUCCCACGCGUGUUGUUUCUCCCGCUUCCCUCCUCUCCCUCUACCGCUUCUUCUCCUCCCACCUCGGCAUCUCCUCCCCUUCCACUGUCGCUUCCAUCCUUGCCUCCUGUCCUGCAAUCCUCCGGUCCGAUCCCAUCACGGACCUCCUCACACAUGUCCACCUACUCCAAUCCUACGGCAUAUCCCAUGCCGACAUCGUCCACAUCACUCUAAAAAACCCAGGCUGGCUCCGGACCUCCCUCGCACAAAUUCAGGAUACGCUCGAAUUUCUCUUGGCUCGGGGCGUCCGCAGAAGCAGGUUGGGCUUUCUGCUUAGACGUGGACGAGGCUUAAUCUGCAGGCAGGCACAUUCAAUGAACCUGGACAUUCUGGUGGAGAGAGCAGGGGUUCCUGUGGACAAGCUGGGUGUCGUUCUAGAGAAAUUCCCGAAUAUUUUGAGCUGGAGCAAAGAGUCAUUAAUGUUUCAGCUCGAGCAAUUGUCAGUCUAUUUUACGAAGGGAUGUGGGGGAGAAGGUGAAGGAGCUAGCACCAGCACCGGGCACGUGAAGCAGCACCUGGAUAAUAGGCAUCUUACCCAGCUUAUCCUGAGGUUUCCGUCCAUCCUGGACUGUUCUCCCCACAGCAUCUCUGAAAAGCUCGCCAUCCUCCAGUCCUUCACCCCCCCAGGUACUCCCUCAAUCGCAAGCCCUGUUCUCCGCCUUGCCCCCACCAUACUCAUGUUAAGCUCAGAAACUCUCUUAGCUAAGCUCCAGUUCUUUGUGGCGCUGGUGGGAAAGGAGGCAGCCGGGAGGGUGGUGCGGAGCCAACCGCAGAUGCUUGCUCGGUCGAUUGAGAAUCUGCAAGGCAAGAUGGCAGUUUUGACUGGUCUGGUCGGGCAAGAGAAUGCUGUGCGUGCAGUGGCACAGUUCCCGUUGUUGCUGACUUCCAGUGAGGAAACGUUGAAGGAGAGUUUUGAAGAGCUAGUUACGGAAGUGAAAGAGGCAUUCGAAGGAGGCGGAAGAGAUGGAAGCGGGAGUGGGCAAUUGGACGGAGGUGAGGUGUGGGAAACUGAGCCUUGGGCUCAAAGCAGAGCCGACCAAGGCUGGGAUGAAAUCCGAGCUUGUCAGUUGGUGGUGAAUCUGGUGCUUAACUACCCUCCAUCCAUCUCUCUUAGCUGGAAAGGGAACCUGAGGCACAAGGUGGAGUACUUAAAGCAGGACAUGGGGCUCUCUAUAAUGGAGAUGCUCGCAUUUCCCCAGUUCCUUGGUUACAGUUUGGAUGGGCGAAUCAGACCACGACAUGUGGUACUGCUGAGCAUGGGCUAUGUGGUUGCUCCACAUGCGCUAGUUGGUCAGAAGAUGAGUAGAGGAGAUGGGAGAGGGGGCUUUCUUGGAGCUGAGGGGGAGGGGAGGGAGCCAGAUCAUGGGAAACUGCAGGAGGUGGGGGAGAUGGUGGUGUGCUUGCAGCAGUUCCUGCACUGUACAGAGAAGAAGUUUCAGGAGAAAUACAAGGUCAAGCUGUAGGGUUGUGUUGAAUGUCCUCUUACUGUUAGGCCCUGUACUGCCAGAUUGGGCAGGAGGGAGUCUCACCACUACAGCUGCCAUGGCUACAGCUUCCUCUGCUUCGGCUGCCUCUGCUACAGCUGCCUCUGCUACAGCUGCCUAUGUCCUCUCCCUGCUGGACAUGCUAAAGCUGUUCCCAUGUUGCUGGCUGUAGUAGAGGAGCUGCUGUUCACAGCCCUGCAAGGCAGGCUCGGAUUGUGAGAGGCUCGGCAGUUCCGACGCUGCCAUGCUUUCUGCAGCCAUUUUCGCCCUCUUCCCCCUCUCCCUCUCUCUCUCUUAUUCCCCAACACAACACGGCAUUCGGGAUUGUGGCCACCGUCUACUCCGAUGAUGUGCUGCCAGCUGUGGCCCUGCACACCACCUACAAUGCACCAGUCCUUCUACACACACUCAUAGCUCUGCCUGUAUAGCAAGGAAAAAAGGGUUAUUGCUGCUGCCCCAAUGCGCUCCUACUGUUUGUUCCGCUUGAGGUUUUAUCCAUAAUUUGCCCCAGUUGAGUAAUGCCCCACCCCACCAGCAUACGGGAUUGGAGGAAUGGGGCAAUGGGUGAACAGAUCAGGAGCCAUGCACUGUCUUCCAAUGAGGCAAUGGGGUAAUGCUUGGCAGUGAUUGGCAAGUGUGCUAGCUAGCAAAUGUUGUUGCCCUUCAAUCUCAAAGAGCUGUGAUUUCCUGGAUUCUACUCAUGGUUCAGCCU